ACGUAGGUAUGGCGUUAAGUUUGACUACGAGUUCAUUUAUGUAUCAAAUUGAACUCGUAAAACUUGUGUAAGAGCCCUAAAUUGCUUCCACCAAUAUGAUUGGACUUCGUGCCGAUUGGUAUAAAUAUUGUAGAAUAUAAAGACGUUCUGACAGCCAGUGCGGACCAUUUGCUAUUGUAAUACUUGUCAGGCCGGUAGUGCAUUAGACAGGUUAGAUAAGAAUAUAGCGGCAAUUGCAAUUUUGUAAUCGGAAAUCAAAAUGGAGGACUCAGGAUUUUUAAAGCCAACUCCUGGAUUUGCAACUGCUGCUAUUCACGUCGGUCAAGACCCAAGUAAGUGGAACAGCAGUGCUGUCGUGCCACCCAUAGUAACAGCCACAACAUACAAGCAACCAGCACCCGCGGAGCACACGGGUUUCGAAUAUGGAAGAUCUGGAAAUCCUACUAGGAAUACAUUAGAAGAGUGCAUGGCUGCACUAGACGCUGGUAAACAUGGUUUCGCGUUCGCUUCUGGUCUCGGAGCUACCACCACUAUUCUUAGUUUGCUCAGCCGUGGCGAUCAUAUUAUUUCAAUGGACGACGUCUAUGGCGGCACUAACCGUCUCUUAAGAGAAGUCACAACCAGGAUGGGAAUUGAAGUAACCUUUGUAGACUUUACAGUUCUGGAAAAUGUAGAAAAAGAAAUUAAAGCUAAUACUAAGAUGUGCUGGAUAGAGACCCCUACAAACCCUAAUCUUAAAGUCGUGGAUAUUGCUGCGACGGUGAAGUUAACUAAAGGCCGCGGCGAUAUAAUCGUUGUGGUUGACAACACAUUCCUUACAUCAUACUUACAAAGACCUCUGGAUUUUGGUGCCGAUAUCGUCGUGUACUCGUUGACAAAAUACAUGAAUGGACACUCUGACGUUAUUAUGGGAGGAGCGGUCGUCAACGAUGACGCUCUAGCGGCCAGACUUAGAUUUUUACAAAAUGCCAUGGGAGUUGUGCCAUCGCCGUUCGAUUGCUACUUAGUAAAUAGAAGUUUGAAGACAUUAGCUUUACGCAUGGAACGUCACAAGACAUCUGCCUUGGCGAUAGCUAAUUGGUUAGAAAAACACCCGAAAGUUGUAGAAGUAAAACAUCCAGGUCUUCCCAGCCACAAACAAAUUGAGCUUUCCAAGAGACAGACGAAAGGUCACUCGGGUGUGUUCAGUUUCAUACAUUCCGGAGGUUUAAAGGAGUCUAGAAAGUUUUUGAGUAACUUGAAAGUAUUUACACUUGCCGAAAGUUUGGGAGGAUAUGAGAGUCUCGCUGAAUUGCCAUCCAUAAUGACUCAUGCCUCCGUUCCUGAUAAGCAGAGAGAAGAGUUAGGCAUCACGCACUCUCUCAUUAGGCUGUCUGUCGGAUUAGAGGAUGUUGAAGAUCUCAUUAAAGACUUGGACGACGCUUUCAAAGCAUCAUUCUAACGUCAAAUACGUGCACAUUAUUAUAUUUAAUCCGUAUCACAUUUUAUUGUUAUUACCUACACAAUUUAUAUUUAUUUAAUUUUAUGUAAAGGACGAGAAAAUGAAUGUCUUUUUUAAUCAAUUUUCGUCAACAUAAAUGAUUUAGGACGCGAUAUAUUUUUGUACUAGGUGCCUUGCAUCAUGUCUUUGAAAAAUAUUGUGGUAGGGAGGAAUACAUUUUUAUUUUUAAUUGUUAUUGUUUUGUACGUAUUUAUUUAUACUACUGUUAUCACAAAUUAUGUAUCCCGAUAUAAGUAUUGAUUUUGGUAUUGAAUUUUUGCAUUAUACGCUUACAAAUUGAUGAACUGUAAAAAAUGUUUCUUUGAUAUUUUAAUUUUUAUUCUUGUUGAUCUGUGUCGUUCUCUUAUAUCUGCUGUUUUACAAUACACGUAUGGUAAUAGAAUAAACAGUACUAUUGACAUAAGUUUAAGUGUCUACCUACAGCAUUCAUCCAGUGAUAUUCAUAUCUCAUUACGAAUAUAUAGAUUACCUGUAAAUAAAAUCUGUUUCUGUAUAUGGAAAUUGACUUUCAAGAAACUCAUGAUGAGGUCCUCAAAAUUAUAAGUAUUCUCUAAGGAGGUACGUAUAUUCUUUUUUUGACAUCGACUGUUGUUUUCUUGGAAAAGUCGGUUAUUUCUUUGCAGAAAGCAUCACUUGAAAUAUGAGCUCAGUUUAAACACAUUGUAUAAUUUUAUGUUCACCUUGUUAUUGUUGGACUCAGACGUGUGUACGUAUUAUCAUGCCUAAUGUUAUUCAGUCGUAAAUUUUUCCCCCACUAACACAUUACAAUCUAAUUUUAAAAACACAAUAGGUGGAACUUUACAUAUCAAUUGAAAGGUUAAGUUUGUGCAUUUGUUUACACUGCUGUGGCAAUAUUGUCGUUACAGUAUUGUUAACGCUAUUUUCCCUACCUCAUUGUGGUUAGUUUUAUUGAAUGCUCGUCUUACAUCAUAAUUAUACACAAUUACAAUACAAUAAUUCCGACAAUAAGCUAUUUUAUUGAAGUGACAAAUCUCGCUUAAUAAAUUUAUUUCAUAAUUUAAUAAACUAUUUUACAAAGUAAAUGAACACGAA